CUUCAACCUCAACCUUACUGCUGGGUUUGCAAAACCACCUCCGCGAGCGACUUCGGGAGCUUUGCGCUCGUGCGGAUCAAAAGCUCCCAUCAAGAAUCUCCGAGUCAGCACUACUGUACAUAAAGCCGGCGGGACAACCCCCCAGCCAUGCCACAUUCUGCUGUGUCCCAUGGCACAGACACUACUAGGGCUGGACCAUCAGCCACGGGCACCGAUCUCGGUCGUCCACCCAAACUAGAUACACCUGCUACGAAUCUCUACACCAACGAUGACGAUGACCCUACCGACGCCGACGAGACCACCCCCAGACACCAAAGCCCGUUCGCCUACCUCACGACCCGCGAAUUCUACCUCACCCUACUCCUGGGCCAGAUCCUCGCCAUCACCAACACCGCCUGUAGCACAUUCAGCGCCCUCCUCGCGGACCGAGACGUAUCCUUCCCGGCUUUCCAGACCUUCUUCAAUUAUUUAUUGCUCAGUGUCAUCUUCACAACAUACACCAUCCACCGCGAGGGCCUCCGCGGCUGGCAGGAGAGUCUCCUCGACCGCGGCUGGAAAUACCUCCUCCUCUCCCUUUGCGACGUCGAAGGCAACUACUUCCUCGUCCUCGCCUACCGCCACACCACCCUGCUCAGCGCCCAACUCAUCAACUUCUGGGCCAUCGCCGUCGUCGUCCUCCUCUCCACAACAUUCCUAGGGGUGAGCUACCACCGGGGCCAGAUCCUGGGGAUCGCGAUCUGCAUCAGCGGGAUCCUCCUCCUCCUCCUCACCGACACCACCACCGACACCCAGCCCGACCACCCGAAAUCCCCCCUCCUCGGCGACCUGUAUGCACUCCUCGGCGCAACAACCUACGGCCUCGCCAACACCGCCGAGGAAAUCCUCGUCUGCACCGCCCCGGUCGCCGAAGUCCUCGCCCACAUGUCCCUCUUCGGAACAGUCAUCACCGCCGUUCAGUCCCUCUGUCUCGAAGCCCCCGCCCUCAGGACCAGAAGCUUGGAUGCAGAGGUGCUCGGGUACAUGGCGGGCUAUACGCUUUGUUUGGGCGCGUUCUAUUGUCUCGUGCCGCUGCUGCUGCGGCGCGCGUCGGCGGCGUUUUUCAAUCUCUCGAUGCUGACGAUGAAUUGCUGGGGGGUGGUCGUGGGGGUGCUCGUCUUUCGCUAUGUGGUGUCCUGGGGGUAUCCGGUCGCGUUUGGGUUGGUGGUGCUUGGACAGGGGGUUUAUUUUCUGGGCGGGGAAGGGAAUGGGUGGAAGAGGGGGGUGAGGGGGGUUACAACCCUGGAGGUGGAGGAGGAGGAGGGUGGUAUAGGUGGCGGUAUAGGUAAAGGGAAAAGGAAAAGGGGAAAGAGUGCUUCUUCGGAAGAGGAUCCCUUGUUGGGGUCGGAGAGCGAUGACGACUAUGACUGA